UCAUCCAGCAGGUUAAACAAAGUGCUGGUAUUGAUGAGAGCAGCAGCUGAAGGCCUCACACGCUCAUUGUUAACUCUUUCACAAAGAGGCUUUGUGUGUGACAGAGACACAUGUGCUGACUCGGCACUCUAACACACAAAGCAGACACCAAUACUCAGGUGUAUAAAAGCUGUGAGCUCACACAGGUGUGAAGGCAGGCCACCUCCAUCAGCACAACACGCCAGCAACAUGUCCGCCACCGACAUGAACAUGAUGAGCAGGAUCAUCUUCUACGAGGACAGGAACUUCCAGGGCCGUUCCUAUGAGUGCAGCAGCGACUGUGCCGACAUGUCAUCCUACCUGAGCAGGUGUCACUCCUGCAGGGUGGAGAGAGGCUGCUUCAUGGUCUACGACCGCACCAACUUCAUGGGCAACCAGUACUUCCUGAGGAGGGGCGAGUAUGCCGACUACAUGAGCAUGAUGGGAAUGAAUGACUGCAUCAGGUCCUGCCGCAUGAUCCCCAUGUACCGUGGGUCAUACAGGAUGAGGAUCUAUGAGAGGGAGAACUUUGGAGGCCAGAUGUACGAGCUGAUGAACGACUGCGACAACAUCAUGGAUCGUUACCGCAUGUCCAACUGCAUGUCGUGUCAUGUGAUGGACGGACACUGGCUGAUGUACGAGCAGCCCCACUACAGAGGCAGGAUGAUGUACAUGAGGCCUGGAGAGUACAGGAGCUUCAUGAACAUGGGCAUGGGCAUGAGGUUCAUGAGCAUGAGGCGCAUCAUGGACUCCUGCUACUAGAUACUGUCAACAUGCUGAAAAACAAUAAAAUAUUGUUUGAAUAAUGUUUACUGUCUGUUUUUACUACAUGAACAAACACUGGUCAUCAUUAAAUUCAAGCCCAAAAUGACUGACUGAUUCAUUAUUUAUUAUUAAUUAUCUAUAGUGAUGUCACAGCUACUGAAGGGACUGUGUCAUUUUCAGUAUUCAGAUAUAAAUCAGUAACAUUACUGUUGAGAGGUGAGUUUGUAUGUGACACUCAUCCUAACAUUUCCAAAACUUAU